AUGGCAAUCAGCUUUUCACCAAGUGUUGCAGGAGCCUGGAGGGCAUGUGUGAAUGUUUUCGACAUCGUUGGCCAUUCAAAAAGGAACGGACCUGAAUUUGAGCUUUGUCGGCCGAAGCUUGAAAUUGAAAGACUUCGCCUUCUGGCUUGGGGAGAUGCUGUUGGCUUCAGAGAAUUCGAAGCCGGAUUAGGGCAAUGGGAUCCUCGUCUGCAAGAGGAUCAGAUCAAAAAGGUCGUCUUUCAGGCGCUGGGUGGUAUUCAGCAGACCUUCAAUGAUACCAAAAAGCUGCGAAGCCGCUAUGGGUUGGUCCAGGUAUCCCCGAAUGGUGACCCAGCUCCAUCUUCCGGCAUGAAAGGCUGGCUUAGCAAAGCUGGCGCCAAAGUAGGAAGAGAUCGCCAGCAGGCCGCGACUCCUGGCAAUAUGACAGUCUGGGCUGUCAAUGACAAGACCAAAUUCCAACAGAUGGUGCAGGAGAUCCGCCAAUUCAACAAUAUUCUGGUACGCCUGUUCCCAAACUUGAAUUUCAAAGAUGCUACCAAGAAAGAAAUUGGGCGAGAAUCGAACGUUCGAUUGUUGUCCCUGCUUGCUCGAGCAUCUGCAGAGCAGGAUCCCGAUAUUUCCGACAUCAUAUCUGAGCGCCUCGUCGAAUUAGGCGUAACGCAAGCCCCAGAACCAAGCCCAUCUCAAAGUGGCGGCGAACCAUCCACGGUGGUCGCAGGACCGACGAGCAAACGCAAUAGUGGUUUGUCAGGCAUUUUCGGCCAUCGCAAAACGGAGAGCAGCAUUCAAUUUCCGGGGAAGAAGCCGGCUGUUCCAAUGACCAUCGAAGCCGCUGCCGCCUCCAAAGAUCCGGAUGCGGCGCUUGAUGCUCUUGAAAAGCGUCUUGACGUAAUCAAAGUGUUCGAGGAUGACCUUGGUACAGGAGCACUCGUGGUCUCGCUCAUCGGUCCAGCGGCGUGGAGUGCCAAAACAACCGCCCACGUGAGUUGGCAAGGUAGUAAUGAGCAUGCGAGGGGCUCCCCAUUUGAAAGUCAACAGAAAGGCUUCACCAAGUCGCAGCAUGCUGCUCUCGAUGCGUACCACAAAAAGAAAUUUAUCAAAAAGCUGAAGAAGAGUCAAUACGACAAUGAUGAAGAAGAAGAUGGCGUUUUCUUCGACCCGGAAACGAGCCCGAAGUACGAGAACGUCAAUCCAGGUACAGUGACGCUAGAAGGCUUUGCGCUAGAGGUGUGGGACUACGAGGAGGUCUACGGCAUCAAGCGCGAGAAUACCUUUCUCGUGUCCACGGCCACGAUGGCAAUUCCCGCAGAACGACUGCUCCGCCGCUUGGAAGAGUUACGCACUGAGACUCAUCGCUUGGGACAGAACGUUCAAGAAGACUAUUAUGACCUUCACGACUUCCUCAAGAGCACCACGACAUGGUUAGAUCCUGCUCGACAAUUUGAUCCUGCAAACGAGCUUAGCGAGUUGUACGCAAGUCUUAACCGGGAUGACAUCUUCACUCAUUUUGUCCACCAAUCUGCCAUCUUCGUACUUUGUAUGAAUCAACAAGAGGUCUGGAAUCUUCUUCUGCAGUUUAUCCUCGGUGUCGAACUGGCCAGAAGAAUGCAGCAAUACCGCAACUCCUGGAUAUCUGGUCUCACGGCACGUGUUUUAGCCACGCUCAUUAUUAGUGAUCAAUGGAUCAAGAACGUGCGGGUUGUGCUCAAGCCUGCCCCUGUGCCCGAAGAACUCAAAAAGAUACCCAAUUCCGCAGAGGACGCAGCCAAGGCCGACGCGUACAACCUCGAAGGUGAAACGGCUAUGCAACAAGGAAAAGAUCAAGAAGCCGUGGAUUUGUUUACAAAAGCAAUUGAGAUUGGAGGUAGAAAUCUCGUCUACCUUCUCAACCGUUCUGGCGCUUAUCUGAAAUUAUCAAAGCACGCCGAGGCAUUGUACGAUGGGUGGAAUGCGAAGGAAAUGGACCCGAAAAGCGCAAAGGCAUGGGGCUGCAUGGGAGCUGCGCGACUUUUGUUGAAUCAACUGGAUCAGGCACUUGAGGCCUACACGACAGCUGCACAGCUUGCCGAUCAAGAAUAUAAGGCUGUGAUGGAAUCGAACCUGGAAUAUGUGAAGUUAAGAAUACAGGACUGGAAUGCUGAUUUCGACAACACCAGGGAACAGAAGCUCAAGCACGAGAUGGCCGUCAAGAUGAGAGAUCACAAAUGGAACGUAAUGGGACACACUAUACAAUUCUAUUCGCAAGUCCAUGAGAGCCAAGUGGAUGGUCUUCUUCGCUUUGCCGAGAGGAUGCGCUGGCCAUAUACUAACGAAGCACGUGUGAAUGCGGAAGAAGCUUACACCAAGAUGCACAAUGGCGGCCAAGUGAACGGAUACGUUGCGGACUGGCUAUACGGGCUUACGCUACCCGGGAAGCACUUUGCAUUCAAAAUUAUGGCUACAUUGAUUCAGUGUUCGCCCUCGGUGGCAAAAACGCUGGGUGUCGCCAAGUAUCUCGACAGCAACGUUAUUCUGGAGAAGCAGAGCUACUGGCGAGCACGAAGUGCUGUCGGUCGAGUCCUCGGCGCAAUGCCUGGCGUCAAAUCACUAGGUGGCUGGGUGGGUCCUCUGCCUGCGGUGGAAAUCAGUCCACCUACACCCGGGCCAUUCAAUCCACUGCUCGUGAGACUCACGGCACGGCCAAUACCUCCCCAGAGACCUGUGCAAGCCGGCGAUAACACCAUUUACAUCGGCGGCCGUCAUGAACGCUACAAGUAUACCAAACCAGACGUGAAAGAAGACACCGAUGCGUAUAUUGCAGACAUGACUUCAAAUGAGGCUUAUACUGCUCCGCAGCCACCACCCAAAUCACAGAGCAAUGUCGAAGUAACCAGUAUUGCGCUGAAGCGUUUAACAGCAGAGCCUGGAGAAAGCACAACCACAGAAGAAACCGACGUCGAAGCAGAAUACCGAGCAAGUAUCACAUUCUCAAUUGGUCAACAACAAGAUCCGGUCACUUACACGCUUUACACCAACCCAAUAUUCAUCACUUUGCCAGUAUGCUAUAAUGGCCCCCACAAGGUCCACCGUCGCGAGCUGAAGCAGUUCCAGCUCACGGCAUGGGAGGCUGAGAAGUUGAAUGAUCACAUUCCAGAGGAUGACGAUGAUGAAGGGGAAGGUGGAAAGUGCAUGAUGAUUAAUGCGACUGGCAAAGGCGCAGAAGUGCUUGCUCGGGCUUGGUGCAGUGAGCGAAGCAAGCAUGCUAUUGUGGUGCGCGAGGGUGGACCGUGUCUCGUCUGUGCGAUUAGGACUGCGCAAUCGCUGGAGAUCAAGGUCAUAAUCUGGGUAGGUUGA